CGGCAGCCAAGCUACCUUAUCGUGACUGAUUGUCAACUUGUACCCAAGAAGACGACAUGAGGCUGGAUUCAAGUCGAGAUCCCGGUGCUGCCACUGUCCGAUCUGGACGACGAAAGCUUAGACCGGGAGAACCGACCGACUGGAACCAGAGAGCCGAUGAUGCAGCUCCGCAGCCUCAUCCUCGUGGUACAGUCCAGAUACAGCGGCGAAUAGACGCGGCGACAGCACCUGCUCCUCCGCAGCUGACGAUGCGCAGACGGGAGCACAACAACCACAAGGCUAUGGAUACCACUGCAUCCGCUCCCGUGCCUGCGACGUCUGCCGCUGCGGUGGCCGCCGCUGUUGCAAGCGGUGGCCGCUCUAAGCGUCCACCGUGGCAACCAGGGCUGACCAGGGCGGCCUCGGAUGCCUACCGCCGCCCGAGCGGCACGUUGAUGGACUCGUACGACGGAGAGGAUGAGUCCGCCAACGAGCAACAGGAUCCGCGCCGUAUGAGGAGGAACUCUUCGCCUCCAAAUUACCCUCGUCGCAGACUCAUGCCGGGGGCGUAUUCGGAACCCUCGACACACAGAUCAGCAAGCGUUUCGUCGUAUGGCGGUGACGAAGAGGAAGAUGACCACGGUUUCGAAGUCGAGGAGGUCGGCUCGUCCCGUCAUAGUAGACAGCGGCUUUCUAGCCAGGACGAGUACUUCGAUUCAUCGAGCGAUAGAAACCGCCGCUAUCGAAAGCGAUUCACGCGACGGUAUUAUUCAGACAACGACAAUGACUCUGAUGGUCCGCUUUCAGGGAGCGAAGCGCCGUCUACUUCACAUACGCGAGAGUCUUCCAGGGUCCGCUCGAGGAGCGAGUCGCGCCACAAGGCUCAACGUUAUCAGUUGACGCACGUUAUUGAGGGCUCGCGGCCACCUGUGGCGUCCAGAAAAAGGCCUUCAUCCCCAGACAAGUUCUUCAAGGUUGAGAAAGAGGUCAAGAGGGAAAAGAAAAAGGGGAUCGAAUGCGUCAUGUGUCGGGAGGAUACUCCGUCUUCACAGGGAGCGGACCUGAAGUGCGGCCAUCGAAUGUGCAAUGCUUGCAUGAAGCGCAGUUUUGAAAUGUCUAUCCAUGACCCGCAGCACAUGCCCCCGCGCUGCUGCACAAACACUCACAUCCCGCUCAAGCAUGUUGAUAAGCUGUUUGACAAUGCUUUCAAGAUGACGUGGAACCGCAAGUUUGCCGAAUACUCGACUAGCAACCGAGUGUACUGCCCAUCAAAGCGGUGCGGUGAAUGGAUCAAACCCACAAGCUUCUAUCGAGGUGAAGAUGGUAGGAGAAUCGCCCGCUGCAGUCGCUGCAAGACUAAGGUCUGCCCAAGAUGCAGUUCAAAAUGGCACAGCUCCACCGAGUGUCCUCGUGACGAAGGGACGAACAAGUUCCUCGAUCAAGCAAAGGAAGAGGGCUGGAAGAGAUGUUAUAAGUGCAAGUCUAUGGUGGAGCUCAAGGAAGGAUGCAAUCAUAUGACCUGCCGAUGCGGGGCCGAAUUCUGUAUGAUUUGCGGUACCAAGUGGAAGGGAUGUAGCUGCCCAUGGUUCAACUAUGAGAAUGGAAACAAUCCGUGGGAGAAUAACCCAAUACGGGACCUGAAUAUCCCCACGGAAGACCUGAGGAACAUUCUUCGCAAAAGCAGGCCGAACUCAAUGGAGGAGCUGCGAUCCUACGCAAGGCCGACUUCCUCGAUGCCCGCAGCAGCACGGCCAAGGGCCCAGGAGUAUGACGAGGAAACGAUCCUUCGCCAGCUUCAAGAAAAGAGGGAUGCGGCUUUCUCAAGAAGACUACAAGUCUCUGAUGAUUACGAUCAUGAUCACGAAGAUGCAUCCGAUCCAGACCACGACCACGACCAUGAUGACGAUCACGACCACCACGAACGUGACCGCGACCGCGACCGUGAUCGUGAUCGUAAACAAGACCGAGACCGUGACCGUGACCGUGACCGAGACCGUGACCGUGACCGAAACCGAAAGCGGGAGCGAGAUCGUGAACGCGAGCGUGAACGAGAAAACCCCUUUGCGCCAAUCUCACCAGACAUUGAAGAAGACGAAAUGGACUACGGCCUUGCCGGCGGCAAACAUCACCCGAUGGACGACUAUAGACGGACAAGUAUGCCAACUCUACCUACUGCAGGCCUCGCCGCACAGCAGCAGCCUUACAGUAGCUACGUUUCCGAAGUCAGUCGUGCCAGGGGACCGCAGCGUAGCGGAUCAAUGGAGCAACGUCUGGCCGAUAGGCUAUCAGAGAACCGCUCAGGCCGCCGGUCGAGAGGCCCUUCUCCUCCCCCCGCGCCGGCCAUGCGGCCCCAUGUGCUGCAUACGAGAGACGCCACUCUUGGGCACACCACAGACAUGGGAAUCGGGAUGGCAUUGGGCGCCAUGGGCAGGGGCUCGAUGCCGCCACCGCCAGUCUAUGGUCCCGGGCCGCCGAUGCCCUCACCCGGAUUGAUGAGACCCAAUCCUUUCGGAGGAGAUGCGUACUACGAAAAUGCGUACACGACAGCGCCAAGGUCGGUCCAUGAGCCGUAUUACUACGGAGGCAUGGAACCUGCCGAGACUGAACGUCCAUCUCCCCGGCGCAGAUCGCGACGCAGUGGUGAAGAGCGCGAGAGGCCCAAGUCGUCGACCUUGGCGGGAUUGACUGGAUAUGGGCGAGGGGCGCACCGUGUAUCCGAAUGGAGGAACUUUGUUGAACCAGGAGUCCCUGACGAGUGAGUGGAGUGCGUGUGUCUGGUUAGGUACUAGGUAUGGCGUUUGCCAAUGUUCCAAGAAUGUAUGAAUGACAAUUUAGUUGCU